GUCCCCCCGCAGUCUCGGUGCGUUGAAGCCGGAGACCGCGGCGGCCUCAGCUAGGACCCUCCGCCCCGGAGCCUCGGGCCGGAGCCGCAGCCGCAGCCGCAGCGCCCCCCGCCGCCCGUCCCCUCCCCCGCCGCCUCCGCCGGAGCCACCUCGCGCACUCUGGGGUAUGGCCGUCAAUGUGUACUCCACAUCUGUGACCAGUGAAAAUCUGAGUCGCCAUGAUAUGCUUGCGUGGGUCAAUGACUCCCUGCACCUCAACUACACCAAGAUAGAACAGCUCUGUUCAGGGGCAGCCUACUGCCAGUUCAUGGACAUGCUCUUCCCUGGCUGUGUGCAUUUGAGGAAGGUCAAGUUCCAAGCCAAACUAGAACAUGAAUACAUCCACAACUUCAAGGUGCUGCAAGCAGCUUUCAAGAAGAUGGGUGUUGACAAAAUCAUUCCUGUAGAGAAAUUAGUGAAAGGAAAAUUCCAAGAUAAUUUUGAGUUUAUUCAGUGGUUUAAGAAAUUCUUUGACGCAAACUAUGAUGGGAAGGAUUACAACCCUCUGCUGGCGCGGCAGGGCCAGGACGCAGCGCCGCCUCCUAACCCAGGUGAUCAGAUCUUCAACAAAUCCAAGAAACUCAUUGGCACAGCAGUUCCACAGAGGACGUCCCCCACAGGCCCCAAGAACAUGCAGACCUCUGGCCGACUGAGCAAUGUGGCCCCACCCUGUAUCCUCCGGAAGAAUCCCCCAUCAGCACGAAAUGGCGGCCAUGAGACGGAUGCCCAGAUUCUUGAACUCAAUCAGCAGCUCCUGGAUUUGAAGCUGACAGUGGAUGGGCUGGAGAAGGAACGUGACUUCUACUUCAGCAAGCUUCGUGACAUUGAGCUCAUCUGCCAAGAACAUGAAAGUGAAAACAGCCCUGUUAUCUCGGGCAUCAUUGGCAUUCUCUAUGCCACUGAGGAGGGAUUUGCACCCCCUGAGGAUGAUGAGAUUGAAGAACAGCAACAGGAAGACCAGGACGAGUACUGAGGGCGGCUUGACUGCGCGGCUCCCCGUGCCUCCCCUCCCCAUGCCACCCCCACAUUAUAAUCCUUUCCUUACAGCCAGUUUGGCCUGCGGGUGCUUUGUGUCAGUGCCCCAGCAUGGGGGAGCCGGGCAAGCAGGGCUUGGGAGGUUUGGGGCAGGUGAGCAAGCAGAGGCCCAUCCAGGUCCUCCAAGUGGCACUGGCCCAGGGGGAAAGGACCCUUGCCCUCUCCCCGCCCCUAUUUAUUUCCGUUGUCUCUAUGCUAUGUCGGCCAACACUUCCCAGGGUGCUGCUGCCACCCGACAGCCAGCAGCUGUAUAUUUGACAAAGUCAUUGGUAUAUUUUUACUUACUGGAUUGUCCUUGCACUUUACCCGUUCUUUUCCAGGGCUGACAGCAGGGCUGGGGCAGCGUGCCUGGCUUGGCUCCCCUCUCCCCAGGGCCAAGGCCAGGGCAGGACUCAGUGAUUCUUAUUUAUUUUGUCUUUUGACUUCCUACUAGUUGAGGGGAGGGCUGAUGUCAGGAGAGGGAGAGGGGCUGAGGAGGCGGUGCUAUGGGUGUGGGGGCCAGAGAGAAGGCGGGGAGCAAGGGACAGAAAUGACCUCCUGGCACUAGGCUCACCCCCUACCCCAGCACCAAGGCCCCAGCACUGCCCCAAGGCCCCAACAGCUCCCUCCUGAAGCCUGAUUUACACCACACAGAUUCUGCCUGGCCCCCCACUGUCCGUCUGCCCCCAUUGCCCACCUCCAACCCCUGCCCCUCAGGCACCAGCCUACAUAUGUGUCCACUUUUAUUUAAAUAAACUUGUGUGGUAAAAAGUC